CUCUCUCUCUCUCUCUCUCUCUCUCUCUCUCUCUCUCUCUCUCUCUCUCUCUCUCUCUCACCCACAUUGCAGUCCUGUCACGUUCCCUCUGCUCCCCCCAUCCGCCUCAACCGCUCCAGGAGGGGAAAGGAGAGAGGGAAGGAAGAGUGCAGCUGAAAAGCAAACAGACAUGUCGACAGCCAACGCAUAAAGUCUCCCAUCGGCUGUUCGUGGAUUUCUUCGCGGAACCUGAUGCGGUGAGGGGUGGGUGUGUGCCGCUGCCCUGGGCUGGGCUGAAGGCAGAGGAGGUAGGAUGCUGUGGCUCUCCCUGCUGUCUGUGGUGGUCCUGGGUUGUGUGACCCCGACCCAGACACACACUCACACACACACCCCGACACCCACCUCCACACACACCCCUAUGGUGGACAGCUCGGAGGAGGAGGUGGACGAACCGUGCUUCGAGCCGUGCACGUGCGAGGUCAAAGAGGGUGUGUUGCACGUGCACUGUGAUGGGCGGGGCUUCACUAACGCCAGCCAGGUGUCCCAGUCCUGGCUCCGCCCCUUCAAGCUCAACCUGCAGAAGAACUCCUUGAGGCGUCUCUAUAGCAACGGCUUCCUGCACCAUAGCAAUGCCGUGGCGAUAAACCUAGGCAACAACGCGCUGCAGGACAUCCGUGCCGGGGCGUUUCAUGGUCUGGGGACACUGAGACGCCUCUACCUCCACGAGAACAAGCUGGAUGUGUUCCGCAACGACACCUUCUCUGGUCUGGAGGCACUGGAGUACCUGCAGGCCGACUACAAUGUCAUCAAACGCAUCGACAGCGGGGCGCUACGCUACCUGCUUAAAUUACGAGUGCUCAUCCUCAACGACAACCUGAUCCCUGCUCUGCCUCCUCACCUCUUCAGAUCUGUGUCUCUGACCCACCUGGACCUGCGGGGGAACCGUCUGAAGAGCCUGGCCUACGCCGGGACCCUGGAGUACAUGGGCCGUAGCCUGAUGGAGCUCCAGCUGGAGGAGAACCCCUGGAUCUGUGGCUGUGAGGCAGUCCAGCUGCAGACCUGGCUGGGACACAUCCCUUACACCGCAGUGGUGGGGGACAUCACCUGCGAAUACCCCUUCCACCUGCACGGGAAAGACCUGAGGGAGAUACCACGCAAAGAACUGUGUGCCGGAGAGGUGGAGGGAGAGGGGGAGAAGGAGGGAGAGAGGGAGAAGCACGGAGGGGUACAGCCUCCUCAGCAUCCGCCUUCUAACCCGAAAGCGAACCCCAAGCCUGGGAGGCCCAGACCAACCAAACCGUCCUCCAUGGUUCACCAUCAGAACACACAUACCUCAUCUUCGUCGACUUCUUCAUCAUCGGUGGAGCGGAGGGGGAGAGAGAGGUCCCCUCGGCCCACCAAGCGUCCCCGGCCCUCCAGGACACCCCCCACCCAGCGUAGCCUCCUCCCCAACCAGCCCCCUCCCAUCGCAGGGUACCAGACUCGCCCCCCCAUCCCCAUCAUAUGUCCUCUGGGGUGCACCUGUAACCUCCACAUCUCAGACCUAGGGUUGACAGUCAACUGUAAGGAGAGCGGCUUCCAUAAUGUGUCCCAGCUCACGCCACGCCCCCUCAACGGACGGAAGCUGUACCUCAGCGGCAACCUCAUCCAGCGGAUCUAUAAGUCAGAUUUCUGGAAUUUUUCCAGUCUGGAUCUACUUCACCUGGGAAACAACCGUAUCUCCUUUAUUCAGGAGGGAGCGUUCUCCAGCCUGCCGACCCUGAGGAGUCUCUACCUGAAUGGCAACAACCUGCAGAGGCUUAGCCCACACAUGUUCCUGGGUCUACUUAACCUCAGGUAUCUGUACUUUGAGUACAAUGAGAUCAGUGUGGUGGAGUUGGGAGCGUUCAGCCCCAUGCCGUCUCUCCAGCUGCUCUUCCUCAACGCCAACCUGCUGAGGUCACUUCCUAUCGGAGUGUUCCAAGUCAUCUCCCUCUCUCGCCUCAACCUCCGCAACAACCACUUCCUCAGCCUGCCUGUAGAGGGGGUGUUAGAGGACCUCACUGGACUGGUGCAGGUGGACCUGCAGCAGAACCCAUGGGAGUGCCGGUGUGAUGCGGCCCCUCUGAAGCGCUGGCUGGAGGGCCUGAGUGCGGUGGUGGUGGUGGGGGAGGUGGUCUGUCACUCACCAGAAGAGACCACAGGUACAGACCUUCGCUCUCUUUCCCUGGACCUCCUCUGUCCAGACCUGGACACCCACCAGGCCACGGUGGAGAACCAUGGGGAGUGGAACAGCUCCACAGCCCCAGACGGUGAUUUCUCUCUGGGCUACCCUGUGCCAGGCCAUGGCCCCCUGGGUCCCCUGCCUAAGACUUCCAUCCCUCUGUCGGUGUUGGUUCUCAGCCUGCUGGUGCUGUUCGUGUCGGCGUUCUUUGCGGCAGCGGCGCUGAUCGCCUAUGCCCUGAGGAGGCGGGACAAGCUGCCGUUCCGGCGGCAGGGAGAGGUGGAUCUGGCUGGGAUCCAGAUGGAAUGUGGGAUAUUCACCGAGCAGCAGCACCACAGGUUACCGGUACCGAAGACCCCUCCUCCUCUGUCUGCCUUGCAGCAUAGCCUUGUCUACGAUAGCAUCCUCCCCGCCGACCCUGGCCCUAACCCUAACCUCAGUCCCUCAACACACAUGUGCAGUAGCCCAGUCUAUAAGAAUGAGGAUGAUUCAGUGGUGAAGCAGCAAUGGCAACAACAGAAGCAGUUCUCUACUUCUAAAGAGAAAGGGAACGUGCGAAGAUACCCCUCGGCGGGGGAGAGAGAGAGCGAAGGACACUAUCGUUUUGUGGCAGAGAGAGAGCGAGAGUGUAACAUGGAGGUGUCUCGUCCCCACAUCAGUACCGUUGCCGGGGCAGUGGGACCCCCUCUUUCAGAUCUCCAUGGAAACGGGACCCUCUGCCCAACGGUCAUAGACAGCCAGGGCCCCACCCCCAAGGUGGGAUUGGUUGACUGCCUGUUUGGGAUCUCUGGAAUGUCCGCCGCCGUCCCAGAGUUCCGAGACCUGCCGGACAGGUAUACACGUCCCCCACCACCCCGCUAUCCCCACCCUCCACAACCCCUUCAGCCCCCCGAACCCAAAGAGGAAACUAGAGCCAGCCAAUCACUCGUGGUUACUACAAUGACAGCGUGCGCGGGGCCAAGCAGUAGUAAUCAGAGCCAGAACUCAGAGUUUCCGCGAGAGUUGAGAAUGAGACUCAGUACCAAGCCGGAUUACAUGGAAGUCCUGGACAGAUCUUAUCAGUUCUAAUAGAUGUUCUAAUGUUACCAUGGAACCGCUGGCGUUGACAAUAAAUGACUCCUCUAAUAUGUCAUGUCUUGAACAUGUUGAUAUGCAGAGGUAAACCUGUGUGUGGCGAGAGCUGUUAGGACUAGGAUGAAGUUACUCUUAGAUGAGGCUUUGGAAAAGAUAAGCUGAUCCUAGAUCAGUGCCUGAGACUAGCAAUUAUUUUUUGUACCGUUGAUGACUAAAUACUAAGUAUCAGGCUUUUUUUAUUCCCAGCAUCACAAAGCAAGACAAUGUGGUGUGUGUGUGUGUGUGUGUGUGUGUGUGUGUGUGUGUGUGUGUGUGUGUGUGUGUGUGUGUGUGUGUGUGUGUGUGUGUGUGUGUGUGUGUGUGUGUGUGUGUGUGUGUGUGUGUGUGUGUGUGUGUGUGUGUGUGUGUGUGUGUGUGUGUGUGUGUAUAUUAAACAAUGUGGUGGGUGGGUGUGUGUGUGUUCAUGUUAGACAAUAUAGUGGGCGUGUGUUUGUUCAUGUUAGACAGUAUAGUGUGUGUGUUCAUGUUUUCUCUCGAAAGACCUGCUGAUGAGACACUCAGUUGCUCUGCCUCUCCAAUAACAUCAUGAAACACAAUGAGAGAGAAAGAGAGACUGAGACACAGGGAGGAGUCAGGAAUGAAGUGGUAAAGAGAGGGGGGUGUAAACGCAGAGUCACAGUCUGACGGGUGUCUAAUGUAGCAUGUAACACUUUCCAUAUGAAAAGAACGUGGAAGAGGUGUUGAAGUGUGUUUACCCUGGACACUACAUACCUGGUAUUAGUGUCACUGUGUCUGAGUGUUACUGUGGACCACAGGAUGCUGGUGGUACCUUCAUUGAGGAGGACGGGCUCAUUGUAAUGGCUGGAACAGAAUAAUGGAAUGGUAUCCAACAUGUGUCGGGUCCCAUUCCAUUCACUCUGUCCCAGCCAUUAUUAUGAGCCGUCCUCCUCUCACCAGCCUCCUGUGGUGUGGAAAGAGGAAGAAAGAGAUAUGACACAGUCAAGUGCCUUAGCAAUUAGCAGCCAGACCUGGGUCUAAUACACAUGUCCGAUACAUUCAAAAAAGUGCUUGAGAUGAGUACACAC